AGUCCCUCGGUGAGUUGCUGCAAACAGUGGAGUAAAACCAAUCGUACGGUGCAGUAGAUCUUUGUAGCUGCUCUUCGCGAUGUCUUUACAGUUGAAUUGCAGAUUGCUGGCGACCCCAAUAGGGAUUGUAAGGCUACUUGAAAUCUUGCUGUCCUGCACAGCGUUCAGCCUGAUUGCCCACGUGGGCCUUUACUCUGGCUCGUACGGAGGCUGGUGCAUGUUUGCCUGGUGUUUCUCCUUCGCCGUCACCUUUCUCAUUCUGGCCUUGGAGCUGACGGGGCUUCACGCCAACAUUCCGAUAUCCUGGGAGGACUUCAGCACGUCGUUCGCGAUGCUGGCCACGCUGCUCAACCUGACCGCCUCCAUCAUCUACCCAUCCGUCUUCCUCCCAACCGGCAACCGGGAGAUCGAGGACCAUCAAAUAGCAGCCACUGCCAUGUCCUGCCUGUGCUUCAUUGCCUACGCCGUCGAGGUGGGUCUCACGCGAGCCAGGCCCGGUGAGAUCAGUGGGUUUUUAAAGACUGUUCCGGGACUCCUUAAAGUGUUGGAAGCUUUCAUCGCCUGCAUUAUCUUUGUACUUGUCGAGGACACGUAUCGUGCCAACUCCGGUCGGCAGUGGUGCAUGGCUGUGUACUGCAUCUGCUUUAUCGUCACCUUAUUGAUCAUUAUUCUAACCAUCGCCCAGCUCAUAGCCAGGAUGCCGUUUCCAUUCGAGAGGUUUCUGACAGUCUACAGCCUCCUGGCCGUGCUGAUGUACAUAACCGCGGCGAUCGUCUGGCCAAUCUUCUGCUUCAGCCAAAGCCACGGCCAACCGACCAGACCGAGUGGUUGCCGACGAGGCCACUGUUACUGGGAUAACCAAGUCAUAGCCACCGUUUUAACCUAUGUUAACCUGGUGGUGUACAUUGUAGAUCUGGUCUAUUCAGCCAAGUUAGUCUUUAUUCCACAGGCUUAAGUGCUUCUGAAAACUGUAUGCAAUGGUGAGAGGGGAGGUGCUUUUAUUGGUGAUCCUGCAUCAAUAUAACAAAUAUAUGGUGUUUUCUAUCUUGUUUUUUUAUGGAUUGGAGUUAUUGAAGCUGAUAAGAGCAGCUAGGUAUGUUUGACCCUUCGUACUCUCUGUAUAAUGUCGUGUACCCUAUCACUACCCACGUUUUAUGCCUUGCUUAGACAUUAGCGAUACCAUGUAGCAACAGGCCCUUCGGCCCAACUUGCCCACACCGGCCAACAUGGCCCAUCUAUACUAGUCCCAUCUGCCUGGAUUUGGCCCAAAUCCCUCU